AAAUUUUGAUAAUACACAUGUGCUGCCGUCCGGUGAUUGAAAUCAUCGGCCUUUGAUUGAACAUAAUCUUUUGUUAAAAAGAAAAAAAGAAACUUAAAAUGACCCCAAUCGCAACAAGCAAUGGCACAGCCAGAGGUGUUGCUGAAGGCCGGCCUCGUAUCCUCAUCCCAGAAAAGGUUUCACCAGAUGGCAUGGCAAUGCUGGAGCCACACUUUGAUGUGGACGUCAAGCUAGGCCUGACACCUGCGGAACUCAUCUCUCAGAUUCCGGGGUACCAUGGCCUAAUUGUCCGUUCCGAGACCAAAGUAACGGAAGAGGUUCUUACUGCUGGUAAAAAGCUCAGAGUGGUGGCAAGGGCGGGCGUCGGUGUUGAUAAUAUCGACGUACCAGCGGCAACUUCACGGGGCGUCAUUGUCGUCAACUCGCCUUCGGGGAAUAUCCUCGCCGCUGCGGAGCAUACGAUAGCCUUGCUGCUUGCUACUGCUAGGAAUAUUGGCAAGGCAGAUGGAAGUUUAAAGCAGGGAGGCUGGGAACGGAGCAAGCUCGUCGGAAUCGAGGUGGGACGAAAAGUCCUAGGCAUCGUUGGGUUGGGCAAGGUCGGCAUGAAUGUGGCACGAAUGGCAAAGGGCCUUGGCAUGCAAGUCAUUGCUGUUGAUCCGUAUGCCAACCCAGACAUGGCACGCCAGGCGGGUGUUGACCUGGCGUCCAGCCUGAAGGACAUCCUACCUACUGUGGACUUUCUCACUAUCCAUACGCCACUGCUAGCAACAACACUUGAUCUUGUCGGCGAAGAAGAGUUCAAGUUGAUGAAGAAGACUGCGCGAGUGCUCAAUGUCGCAAGGGGAGGAGUGUAUAACGAAGCGGCGUUGGUGAAGGCUCUUGACGAGGGAUGGAUUGCCGGGGCUGGCAUCGACGUCUUCACAUCUGAACCUCCAAAGGCAGACACGGCGGCUAGUCAGAUAGCCAAGCAUCCCAAAGUGGUGGCCACGCCUCACUUAGGAGCCUCCACGAUUGAGGCCCAAGAGAACGUAUCAAUAGACGUGUGCACACAAGUGCUCGAGAUCCUUCAAGGCGGCCUUCCCACCAGCGCCGUCAACGCGCCAAUCAUUCUGCCCGAAGAGUAUCGCAAGCUGCAACCCUUUGUGCAGCUGAUUGAGAAGAUGGGGCGUCUUUAUACGCAACACUUCGUCCGGACCAAGGGAGGUCUGGUUGGCGGACGCAACUUCGAGCUGAUCUACCACGGCGACUUGGCGGACAUGUCCAACACGAAGCCGCUGUACGCCGCACUGGUAAAGGGGCUGGUUGCAUCGUUCAGCGACUCUCACGUCAACAUUGUCAAUGCAACGCUGAUUGCCAAGGAAAAGGGCAUCAAGAUAAGCGAGACGCACUCGCACCAAGCGGGCGAGCUGACGUACGCGAACCUGGUGACACUCAGAGCCCGCGCAGAGGACGGCAGAGGCCAGCAGAUCAUUGAAGGGUACGCGUCCGGUAAACGGCUGUACAUCUCCAAGCUGGACCGCUUCAAUGCAACGUUCAAUCCCGAGGGCACGAUGAUCAUCCUGCACAACUAUGACGAACCGGGAAAGAUUGGAGGCGUCGGCAUGGUGUUGGGGUCUCACGGGAUCAACAUCAGAUUCAUGCAGGUCGCCAGCUUAGACGAAGACUCGAAGCAAGCUGAAACAGACGCGGUGAGAAGGGAGAACGAGGCUCUGAUGAUUUUGGGAAUAGACAGGCCGGUCGACGAGGAGGUGAUGGAGGGACUGCGUAGGUCAGAGGGAGUGCUGGACGUGGUGUUGGUGCAGCUGUGAUGGCGAUAUAUGUAUGUAUCUUAUCAAUCAUUGAGCCGUAUAUAUUAGUACCUUGGUAUGAAUGACCACUGUACGUCCACCAUUUUCUGCGUGGUUCUGCAUACCUCGCCAGAGAGAGACAUUGGAGAAUAACAGCGCGGAUCAAGCUU